AUGAACUUGCUACGGAUAUUGGACAGCACUCCUGAGCCUCCUAUAAUUGAGUUAGAGCUUAGUGAAACAAAUGAUAGUGGGGAUUACCACUUGGGUACACCAAUGUACGAGUACCAGAAAGAGUUGACUGAUCAAAUUAUCUCCCUACAUUACCCAGACAUACUAAAAUUUUGCGAAACCAACGACCAUAAGGAUAUUAUUCUCAAAUCAGUGGAAACUUGCAUUGAAAACUUAAAAGACAUGCCUGCAAAAUUAGCAGAAACCAGUGGGAAAUUUAACGUCUUGAAAGACUUGUUAAAUGUCGUUAUCCUGAAUAAGAAUUCAAAAAGAAAAUCGGUAGGUCUUGUGAUGUCCAACAAUGUGAAACUUUUUGAUCUAGUCGAGGCUUUAAUAAUGGUUUGCCCAGGCAACAAAAGUGUCAAGCGAUAUGUUGGGAACAACAUUCAACGAGAGUCCAAAAAGGCAGUUAAGAAUGGCAGUGGAGGAAAUGGGGGCACUCCCAACGGACAUGGCGGCUCUUUCACGAGUUUAACCGAGAUACACCUUAUUCCGGCUAAUGGAGACAUUCAAAGAGAUCAAGAUGUUUUUGAAGCUUCCAGAUUUGACGUAUUGGUUACUGUUGAUGGUAACGUCAGUACUGAAACAGAAUUUUAUCAAUCUUUAAAGACAAUGAACCAUUCGCCUCAGGAGAAACCAGCAGUUACAAUUAGAUUGAUGCCUUUCAAGACUAUAGAGCAAAUAAAGCUAUUUUACCGGAACGCGGUAAAUGAUGAUGACUACUUGUACAAACUUAUCUCGUCGGUUGUGUGUUUGAGGGAUUACAUAGGGAACAUACCGCCAGAUAUUUUCCCGAUAUACCAUCAAAAGCUCACAUAUUUAGGACCAAAUUUUUUUGACUCUGUGUUUGGCAACAAAUCAAGCUUCUAUGCACCAUGGCCAUUACCGGAUCUUCCUGUCAUACAAACUUAUACUCCGAUUGAUGUGGAAAGAUCUCUUUUAACGGAAGCUCAUUUCCAUUACACUCCGUAUGGAUUGCAGCCAACUAUGGAGCUCAAAUCAGCUCCAACAUAUUACGAAACAAAACGUCUACAACUGGACUAUAUCACCAAUCCAUUAAAGAACUCGUAUAAUGAGUUGAUUGGAAUCACUGGUACAACAGAGUCGUCAGAUACUGGCAUAUUGACUCAUAAGUCCAUCCUCCAGUUGAAUGCCGCCUGCAAGACUUUGAAAAGAACGAGAGAUGAGCUUGCUUCAUACAACCAUUUUGACUCUCCAGAGAUUCAGGAAAAAAUUGGAAGAAGAGAGAGGGAAAUGAGACUUGCAGUUUCCAAAAUCUUUGAUGAUCUAGAUCAUGCACAGCAAAGAAUAGACAGUGGCAGCAAAUGGUAUACAAGAAAGAAUGAACAGGUGGAACAAUUAGAGUCGUCAAUAGAGGAAAAAGAACGCGAGAUUUCAGAAUUUCGGAAUACCCUCGAUUCAAAAGAGAAAAAGUCAUACGUACUGAAUCAAGUGAAGAUAUGGGAGCUAGAAAAACAGAUUAAGCAGUUCAUUUCACGAAUUAAAUCGAAAGAUGACGAAAGAAACUUCACUAAUAAGGAGUACGAAAACUCACUCAACGCCUUGAAGGAAUCCAAGCAAGAGCAAACCAAUUUGAGUGA